GCGGCGGUCGGCGGCGAUCGCGCGGGGGCCUGCGAAGCGCCGCUCGGGGCCGGCACUGCCCGCGGGGAGGACGCGCCGCCGCCGUCACCCAGCGCCGCCGCCGCCGCCUCCAGCCGGGCCGCCGCGCGUCCCGGGGGCCGGCCCCGCGAGCGCAGGAGUAAACACCGCCGGAGUCUUGGAGCCGCUGCAGAAGGGAAUAAAGAGAGAUGCAGGGAUUUGUGAGGUUACGGCGCCCCAGCUGCAAGAUGCACUAGCCGGCUGAACCCGGGGAUCGGCUGACUUGUUGGAACCGGAGUGCUCUGCACGGGAGUGUGGCUGAGUUGAAGUUGCUUUCCCGGGGCUCGUUUUCCACGCUGCCGAGAGGAAUCCGAGAGGCAAGGAAAUCACUUCGCCUUGCCAUUGAUUGGGCAUCGGGAGCUUUUUUUCCCCCCUCUCUUUCUUUACCUCCGUCUUGUUGCAUGCAAGAAAAUUACAGUCCGCUGGUCGCCCGCCCUGGGUGAGAAAUAUUCAGCCCCGCUUUCUCCCGUCCAUUGUGCAAGCCAAAGAUGAAAGACCGAAGGGGAGAAAGUUAAAGAAAUCGCCCACAUGCGCUGGAUCAGUCCACGGCUUGGGGAAAGGCAUCCAGAGAAGGUGGGAGCGGAGAGUUUGAAGUCUUUACAGGCGGGAAGAUGGCGGACUGGAGCUGAAAGUGUUGAUUGGGAAACUUGGGUGAUCCUCGUGUUUAUUUACAACCCUCUUGACCCAGGCAGGACACAUGCAGGCCAAAAAACGCUAUUUCAUCCUGCUCUCAGCUGGCUCUUGUCUCGCCCUUUUGUUUUAUUUCGGAGGCUUGCAGUUUAGGGCAUCAAGGAGCCACAGCCGGAGAGAAGAGCACAGCGGUCGGAAUGGCUUGCACCACCCGAGUCCGGAUCAUUUCUGGCCCCGCUUCCCGGACGCUCUGCGCCCCUUCGUUCCUUGGGAUCAAUUGGAAAACGAGGAUUCCAGCGUGCACAUAUCCCCCCGGCAGAAGCGAGACGCCAACUCGAGCAUCUACAAAGGCAAGAAGUGCCGCAUGGAGUCCUGCUUCGAUUUCACCCUUUGCAAGAAAAACGGCUUCAAAGUCUACGUGUACCCGCAGCAAAAAGGGGAGAAAAUCGCCGAAAGUUACCAAAACAUUCUAGCGGCCAUCGAGGGCUCCAGGUUCUACACCUCGGACCCCAGCCAGGCGUGCCUCUUUGUCCUGAGUCUGGAUACUUUAGACAGAGACCAGUUGUCACCUCAGUAUGUGCACAAUUUGAGAUCCAAAGUGCAGAGUCUCCACUUGUGGAACAAUGGUAGGAACCAUUUAAUUUUUAAUUUAUAUUCCGGCACUUGGCCUGACUACACCGAGGACGUGGGGUUUGACAUCGGCCAGGCGAUGCUGGCCAAAGCCAGCAUCAGUACUGAAAACUUCCGACCCAACUUUGAUGUUUCCAUUCCCCUCUUUUCUAAGGAUCAUCCGAGGACAGGAGGGGAGAGGGGGUUUUUGAAGUUUAACACCAUCCCUCCUCUCAGGAAGUAUAUGCUGGUAUUCAAGGGGAAGAGGUACCUGACAGGGAUAGGGUCGGACACCAGGAAUGCCUUAUAUCACGUCCAUAACGGAGAGGACGUGGUGCUCCUCACCACCUGCAAGCACGGCAAAGACUGGCAAAAGCACAAGGAUUCUCGCUGUGACAGAGACAACACCGAGUAUGAGAAGUAUGAUUAUCGGGAAAUGCUGCACAAUGCCACUUUCUGUCUGGUUCCUCGUGGUCGCAGGCUUGGGUCCUUCAGGUUCCUGGAGGCUCUGCAGGCUGCCUGUAUCCCUGUGAUGCUCAGCAACGGAUGGGAGUUGCCGUUCUCUGAAGUGAUCAGUUGGAACCAAGCCGCCGUCAUAGGCGAUGAGAGAUUGUUAUUACAGAUCCCUUCUACAAUCAGGUCUAUUCAUCAGGAUAAAAUCCUAGCACUUAGACAGCAGACACAAUUCUUGUGGGAGGCUUAUUUUUCUUCAGUUGAGAAGAUUGUCUUAACUACACUAGAGAUUAUUCAGGACAGAAUAUUCAAGCACAUAUCACGUAACAGUUUAAUAUGGAACAAACAUCCUGGAGGAUUGUUCGUACUACCACAGUAUUCAUCUUAUCUGGGAGACUUUCCUUACUACUAUGCUAAUUUAGGUAACCCCCCCCCCAAAUUCACUGCAGUCAUCCACGCAGUGACCCCCCUGGUCUCGCAGUCCCAGCCAGUGUUGAAGCUUCUCGUGGCUGCAGCCAGAUCGCAGUACUGUGCCCAGAUCAUAGUUCUAUGGAAUUGUGACAAGCCCCUACCAGCCAAACACCGCUGGCCUGCCACAGCUGUGCCUGUCAUUGUCAUCGAAGGAGAAAGCAAGGUUAUGAGCAGCCGUUUCCUGCCCUAUGACAACAUCGUCACAGACGCCGUGCUCAGCCUCGAUGAGGACACUGUGCUUUCAACCACGGAGGUGGAUUUUGCCUUCACCGUGUGGCAAAGCUUCCCCGAGAGGAUUGUGGGGUACCCGGCGCGCAGCCAUUUCUGGGAUAACUCUAAGGAGCGGUGGGGGUACACAUCCAAGUGGACAAACGACUACUCCAUGGUGUUGACAGGAGCUGCUAUUUACCACAAAUAUUAUCACUACCUGUACACCCAUUACCUGCCAGCCAGCCUGAAGAACAUGGUGGACCAACUGGCCAACUGUGAGGACAUCCUCAUGAAUUUCCUGGUGUCUGCUGUGACAAAAUUGCCUCCAAUCAAAGUCACCCAGAAGAAGCAGUAUAAGGAGACAAUGAUGGGGCAGACUUCUCGGGCUUCCCGCUGGGCUGACCCUGACCACUUUGCCCAGCGACAGAGCUGCAUGAAUACGUUUGCCAGCUGGUUUGGCUACAUGCCGCUGAUCCACUCGCAGAUGAGGCUCGACCCUGUCCUCUUUAAAGACCAGGUCUCUAUUCUGAGGAAGAAAUACCGAGACAUUGAGCGACUUUGAGGAAUCCAGCCAAGUGGGGGAGGGGAAGCGAGAAGGGACGGGGUCAAGCUGCUCUCUCUUCCCAGUGCAGAUCUGCUCAGCAGCGGAGCCAGAUUGUGCCAAGUAUCCAAAUAAUCUUAGAUGAACAGAAUGACAA